AUACCGGAAACGUAUGAAUAGCGUUGGGCGCCAUUGGGAAAGUAAAAACAAAGCUGUAGGCCUAUUAUAAUCGAAGACCAUCUGCAUCUUAGAGUGGCAUCAAUUAAUCAAAUCGUUGAUCGAAAGGAAAGUUGAUAUAUUGCGAUGUCUAUUGGUGUUCCAAUUAAAGUACUGCACGAAGCAGAAGGACACAUUGUGACAUGUGAAACAACAACCGGCGAAGUUUACAGAGGAAAACUUGUCGAAGCUGAGGAUAAUAUGAAUUGUCAAAUGUCUGCAAUAACGGUUACAUACAGAGAUGGUCGAGUGGCUCAGUUAGAAAACGUAUAUCUGAGAGGCAGCAAAAUUCGUUUUUUAAUAUUACCAGACAUGUUAAAGAAUGCACCAAUGUUCAAAAGAGUGCAAGGGAAAGGAGGGUCAGCGAACAGAGGAAAAUCUGCCAUUCUACGAACACAAGCUGCCAGGGGUCGAGGAAGGGCAGGACCAGGAGGACCAAGAGGGGGAGGUGGCAACAUGUAUCAAAAUCGUCGACGUUAAAAAACUAUGCUUCAUUGCCCUUUCAUACAGGAAAUUCCUGAUCAUGUGGAUAAUUGAUGGUCAUUUAAUACAAUUGGAUUAGUUGUAUUGAACGUGGGGUGCAGUUUACCGUGAAUAUUGCACAGUCGGUGUUCAUUUUCAUGUUUUUCAUUGAAGACUCAUUUUACAGAGGAAAUCAUUUAUGCAUCUUUGAACUUGGAAGCAGCUCCAGUUGUUGUAUGUGCGUCUUUUUACUUUUUUUUUUUUUAGUAUUUGUAGUAAGAAUGAUUAAAAGUUGUACAUAAAUAUUA